AUGGAUGGAAUGCAAGAUCGAUGGAAGUAUAGCUUUCGUCUACUCACGCGGCUUCUAUCAACCCAGGUGAAACCUCUAGUGAUAUUGAUUGAUGAUUUGCAGUGGGCGGAUCAAGCUUCGUUAGAUUUGAUUGACUGCUUGAUCACGGAUACUCAGAAUGCCAGUCUAUUGAUGGUGAUUGGCUGUUAUCGCUCAAAUGAAGUCGAUGAAGAGAGUAGUCUUUCAAAGACCAUGAAGGCUCUCGCUGAUAAGGCGGUGGACUUUGGUUUUGACAUUUCAGAAAUUUGUGUGGAUAGCUUUGGGAUCAACGAAGUAAAUCAUAUGAUCAUGAAGAUGAUGGAUACCAAUAUCGAGGACAUCACAAGAGAUCUAGCUGCAUUGACUUUCCAGAGAACGCUGGGGAAUCCAUUCUUUGUGAUUGAGUUCAUGAGUAUGCUCCAACGAGAGGAUCUGAUCACAUUUAAUCUGGGCACGAUGAAGUGGACAUAUGAUGUUCGUACCAUCGCAGAUACAACAGUAUCGACUCCCAAUGUUGUGGAGUUGUUGAAGUCCAGGAUGCAGAAAAUGCCAGCAGAUGUGCGAUUGCUACUUCAGUUUGCUGCUUGUUUUGGUCCUACAUGGACAGUCACGAUCGUAGAAAUUUUGUGGAAGAACAUGGCAAUCGUCCAGUCAAAAGGAUUUGAUCUUCACACAGUUUCUACUCUGAUAGGAUACAUAGAAGACGAAAUGCUGAUAGAAAGAUGGGGCGAAUUCAAAUACAGAUGGGUCCACGACAAAGUCCAAGAAGCAGCACGUUCGCUUGUAGAGACGGAUGAAAGGACAAUGAAGUUUGAAAUGGGCAAGAUUUUGCAUCUCAAUCUUCGACGGAAGGAGCUUGACGAUGAGCUUUUUGAUGUUGCUGAUCUAAUCAGUAAUGGGAAAGGAAUUGAGUCUGCAGAUUUUGCUUCUCUGUGCUUGAAAGCUGGAAAGAAGGCCAUGCGACUCUCUGCGUUCCUAUCGUCGACGAGAUACGUGAAAAAUGGAAUUGGAAUGCUCCCUGAUAAUUGUUGGACAACGCUGCAGUCCCUGACACUCGAAUUGUAUACACUUGGCGCUCAAGUAGAGCUUGCACUUGGGCAUGUAGAGGAGUCUAAGAGUUAUUGCUCUUCUGUUCUCUGUCGAGACGAUGUUGAAAUGAGUGCUAAGAUUCCUUUGAGAAUAGCAGAGAUAACGAGGCUUGCGACGGUCGAAAUGAAGUAUCCGGAGACAGUAAAGACGUGUCUUGCACUUUUGAAAGACAUGAAGUACAAGUUCAUUUGGACUCGAUCAUUGAUCACUCUCCAGGCUGUUUCAACGUUAUCAAGUACAAUCAAUUCAGUAAAGAAGCAACCAAAAAAAUUUCAUUUGCGUCUGGGAACAAUGGAUGAUAGGAACAGAACCAUUGCUGAAAUAUUGAGUCAGCUGCAGUAUUCAUCUUUUCAUACCCAAAACAUCAUGCAACUGAUACUAUGCGCUUGUCAUAUUGUCCAGUUGACAUUGAAACAUGGAUUGUGUGAAUACUCUGCCAAAGCGAUAUCAACGCUUGGUAAUCUGGGGAUCCUUGUGCUGGAAAAACGCAAUAAUGCAACAAUGUUUCGUGAGCUGGCGUUAUCCACUCAAGCUCAUUUUGGAAGAGCUCGUGCUUGUCAGACAAUGUUCAUUACAUACUCAUACUCAAUGGUGUGGUCGUAUCCCUUGCAAAAAUGCACCGAUGUGUUCUAUGAAGCUUAUAUCAAGGGAAUGAGGAACGGAGAAGUGGAUUAUGCAAUGUGGUGCCUAACUUCUCAUUUUGUCACUCUUCCCUACUAUCACAAACCAGCUAGGCUAAUCAUCGAAGCAUGUGCCGGAGACCCAUUUAUUUCGGCAGUGCAUAAUUAUGUCGAAUGUCAGCUACUUCUUUUCUUUGAUGACCCAUCAGCUGCAGAUAGGGCAAUCAGCGGAGCUGAAGUGUUCUCGAAAACAUCGCCGGGUGUCUUUCAGAUUAUGAUUGAGACAUUCCACAGAGCUAUCUCAUUGCAACUCGCUGCUCGUCGGACAAAGAAACGAAAGUAUAAACAGCAUGCUACAAAGAUCCGAAAGCAAAUUCACAAAUGGAAGAAAGAAGGAGUAGUCAAUGUCGUCUACUACUGCAUCUUUCUCGAUGCGGAGCACGCGGCAUUGGAAGGCAAGUAUGAAGAGGCAGAAUCGCAUUACAAGAAAGCCAUACAAUUUGUGGCUCGUUCUGGUUAUUUGCACCACGCAGGAUUGUUCAACGAGCUGUACAGUGAUUUUCUUCUGCGUGAAAGAAAUGACAAAAAGGAGGCUAGAUACCACCUCCAAGAGGCCAUCCGAUACUACAACGAUUGGGGUGCACUAGGGGUUGUGGAAAGACUAAGGAAGUCGAGUCUCUUUGAGGGGAGAUUCUAA